UACCGUCUCGAUCAGCUGAAAUAUGGCAGGUUCUUUUCAGUUUACAAGUUUUGCUCAUGCUCUUCAAAGAUGACAGAGGGAACGUGUUUGCGGAGAAGGGGAGGCCCCUAUAAGACUGAGCCAGUGACAGAUCUCAGCCGCUGGAGGUUGAGUAAUGUGGAGGGCAGACAGACCUGGAGGUACAUUGAGGAGGCAGACAGCAUGGACAGACAGCAGAGCAUGCUGGAAUCUCACUCUCUGGGACUGGACACGGGUGAGUUCAUCUCAGCAUCCCCUGCCACACACACUGCAGUAGAAGCUGCACUGAAGGGAAUGGACUUCUACAGCCAUCUCCAGGCUGAAGAUGGACACUGGGCUGGGGAUUAUGGUGGACCACUUUUCUUACUUCCAGGUCUGCUCAUAACCUGUCAUAUUGCUAAGAUCCCUCUGCCAGAUGCAUGGAAGCAGGAAAUGGUUAGAUACCUUCGCUCUGUGCAGCUGCCUGACGGAGGCUGGGGCCUGCACGUUGAAGAUAAGUGUACUGUUUUCGGAACAGCUUUGAAUUACACCACCCUGAGAAUUCUGGGAGUUGGGCCUGAUGAUCCAGAUAUGGUUCGCGCAAGGAAUAUUUUACACAGCAAAGGUGGUGCUGUCGGUAUACCCUCCUGGGGUAAAUUCUGGUUGGCCAUCCUCAACGUAUACAGCUGGGAAGGGAUGAAUACGCUCUUUCCAGAGAUGUGGCUGUUCCCUUCCUGGGUGCCGGCACAUCCCUCCACUUUAUGGUGCCACUGUCGGCAGGUCUACCUGCCCAUGAGCUACUGCUAUGCGGUCAGGCUGUCUGCCGAUGAAGAUCCACUGAUACUCAGUUUAAGACAGGAGCUCUAUGUCCAGGAAUACUCGACUAUCGACUGGCCAGCUCAGAGGAACAACGUUGCAGCCUGUGACUUAUACACACCACACAGCACCUUGCUUACUAUCGCUUAUUUGAUCCUGAAUGUGUAUGAAGCUCAUCACAGCACUAUGCUGAGAGAAAAAGCAGUGAAGGAGCUUUAUGACCAUAUUAAAGCAGACGAUCGCUUCACUAAGUGUAUCAGCAUUGGCCCGAUUUCGAAAACGAUCAAUAUGUUGGUACGCUGGUAUGUGGAUGGACCCACAUCACCUGCCUUUCAGGAGCAUGUGUCAAGGAUUCCUGACUAUCUAUGGCUGGGUUUGGAUGGUAUGAAAAUGCAGGGUACAAACGGAUCACAGCUAUGGGACACUGCAUUUGCAGUACAAGCAUUUCUUGAGGCAGGUGCCCAGGACAUCCCCAGGUUUACAGAGUGCCUCACACAAGCCCAUCAUUUCUUUGAUCUGACCCAGAUCAAAGAUAAUCCUCCGGAAUAUGAGAAGUACUAUAGACAAAUGAACAAGGGAGGUUUUCCCUUCAGCACGCGGGACUGUGGUUGGCUAGUUGCGGACUGUACAGCGGAAGGACUGAAAUCUGUGAUGCUGCUGCAAGAGCAGUGCGGUUUCCUCAAAGAAAAAGUUCCCACUGAAAGACUCUUUGAUGCUGUCAAUGUGCUGCUAAGCAUGAGAAAUCCUGAUGGAGGGUUUGCCACGUAUGAGACCAAACGUGGUGGAAAACUGCUGGAGCUGUUGAACCCAUCUGAAGUGUUUGGUGAUAUAAUGAUCGACUACACGUAUGUUGAGUGUACCUCAGCUGUAAUGCAGGCACUGAAACACUUUCACAGUGUAUAUCCUGAGCACAGAGCAGAAGAGAUUAGGACAACUCUUCAGCAAGGGCUGGACUACUGCAGGAGGGUUCAAAGACCUGAUGGCUCAUGGGAAGGGUCCUGGGGAGUCUGUUUCACAUAUGGAGUCUGGUUUGGUCUGGAGGCAUUUGCAUGUAUGGGCCACACUUUCCAAAAUGGGUCUGUUUGUGUGGAGGUGAAACGUGCCUGUGAGUUCCUGCUGUCGAAGCAGAUGGAGGAUGGAGGCUGGGGCGAGGACUUUGAGUCAUGUGAGCAGCAGCACUACGUUCAGAGCAAGAACUCACAGAUCCACAACACCUGCUGGGCUUUGCUGGGGUUGAUGGCUGUCAGGUAA